AUGAGAGCCAACAAUGCAUUUGUUUUUCCACAAUUAGACGGUCCACAAAUAACAUGGAAUACUUAUGCUAUUCAUGAAAUUGAUUGGGGAUGUGGUGAAGUUCCAUAUGAUCAUCUAAAAAAAGUCAUAACGAAUGCAUUACAAAAUGCAACAUAUAUUUACGUUGCUGAUGGUUCAUCAUUAUAUAAAAACAAUGAUGAGAUACGUAUAGCUGUACAACAUCAAGAUUUAUGUAUUUUACCAUGUGAAAGUUCAAUUCAUAUCACUGGUAAAUUUACAAAAGACAAUGGGAGUGCUACAUCAAACAAAUCUUUACUUGCAACAAUGUUUGCUUGUUUCUUAUUUGAAGAAAUGAGAUAUGAAUUAAAUGGAGUUGAAAUUGAUCGUAGUAAUAAUGUGGGCAUUACAACACUCAUGAAGGGAUUUCCAUCAUUUACACCAGAGCAAGAAUAUUCUUUGAAAAACAGUGGAAUGGUACUUGAUAAUAAAAAACUAUGUGAUUCCAAUGGGAAUUUUGACGUCAUAAUACCAUUAAAAUUAUUAUUUGGAUUUGCUGAGGAUUAUAAACAAGUCAUUGUUAACUGUAAACAUAAGCUAAUACUCAUAAGAGCCAACACUGACUUGAAUGCAAUACAUCAAACUGAAAUAGCUAAUGCAGCGGCAGAAAAUGUAAAAAUUACUCUUGAUAAAAUUGAAUGGUUAGUGCCAUAUGUUACAAUGUCUGAUUCAAAGAAACUUGAUAUGUUAAGUUACAUCAGUAAAGAUCCAUCGAUAUCGAUACCCUUCAGAUCAUGGGAGCUAUAUGAAUAUCCAUCUUUACCUAUAACAACGAAACACAUCUGCGAUAUCCAUAUGCUAACAUGA